CGCCUCCUUGAUCUUCAACUGACCCUUACACAGGCCUCAAGCUGCAUUCCAUUGUUCUCAUCAUCCCCAUGAUCGUCUUCGUCGACUGAGAGUACUUCUGUGAUGUAACAUUGAAGAGAAAUAGACAAUUUUCUACUAACUUAUUGUAAUGUUUAGACUAAAUGACUAAACCUACGCAAGUGAAAUCUUGGAGCUCAGUUUCAGAUGAUGCCCUGAUGUAGAUCACGAUUUCAAACGAAACAUUGUUGGAAAGACAGCUCCAAAUGAUGCUUUACUGCAGAACAAGUCGCAAGGUAGCACCUUCAAGAAAAGUUUGCCAUUGUAGAGAAAAGGUCAUGUUAUGAUCCAACUGUGACCUCAGCAAUCUCAGGAACGAUACAUAUUGCUCUUCAGGAGAGUUCAGCAAAUGUUUCACACUGGGAGACAUUAAUUGAACUGAGGAAGACCAGGAUGAAGCAAAUGAAAAAAGUGCUUCUAUAUCUUUGGAAUGAAGUUCUUAGCUGAAACAGAAGCGAUGUUAUUGAAUUAAUCCGGUAAAAUGUAAAGAUCUGAUGAUCUUAUGCUUACACGGGCUAAAGUAGAACAGGUAACCCUGGUUUGAAAAGACUUCUGACUAUGGGACAAAUCUUAAACAUUUAAUGUAUAAAACAUGUCUUUCUCUGAGUGACACAACUCUUGAAAUGAAAUAAUUAAUUAAAUUUAAUAGUUGUAUAAAAGUGAUUUAUCUGAAACUGCUUUAAUAACAGAUGUUUAGCGGAUUAGUCAUCGGUUAAUGAAUGUGACAAGCUAACCAAUAAAUAAACCAUCACGGACCGAACCACCAAACAUGGAUACAAAAAUUGUCUUUGUUUAGUUCUCUAAUUCUGACUGGCAAUGUCACAUGACAGUUGUCUUGACAGCAACAGCGAGUCAUCAAGCGAGCACUUUGGCUGCACUUUGACCCCGUGAUGACCCCGCGCACCUUCCAUGAAGUAGGUCUCGCCACGUGCCGUGGAUGCCAGUUGGUAUCGGCUGAGUGCAUCAGAACUUCUCUUGACUGAGCGACGACGACUGAGGAUAACAUCCUCUUGCUGUAAGCUUACACUUCCAAAGCAGUCAGGAAAAGUUCAGACCCUUUACAUGCAAGGACAGAAAAUGGCGUGACGACGAGUUGCUGUGGACUGGACGAAGCCUGAGUGUUGUUUGUUGUUGUGUUCAUGAGUGCUCCGAUAUAAAAGCAGAAUGUGCAGUUGCGCCUCUUGCGUGCCUACAAAACCAUUGUUUCCUUUCGUCCAUAAGGAGGACGAAUAUCGGGAUCUCAUAUCAUCAGAAGCUUCACACUCGAUUAGAGCAGCGCCAUCUGCAUCUUCCGUGAGUUUAGUUGACCGACCUACAAAAGAUACAACCCCAGACUGCAAGGUGCCGGGUAUCCCGCCAAAUCAACACACGAUACAGCGAAACGAUCUUUCCGACGACAGUUUCAAUGUCGGUUUCGACGACAGCUUUAAGUCUGUGUAUUUACAGUCCUCUCUUUUAUUGGACCCUCUGGCAUCAGGAGAUGUUAACAACAUCGUCGAUCACUCGACAAGACCGACAUUUCGUGACACGCUAUACGACCUCGGCAACGAAUCGCAGGUCAUCAACAAUUUUCAGACAAAACAAACAGUCGGCCUGGAUCCCUCUUACACUUCAUCCUCAUGUCCGCUUGACCCCAACUCCAAAACAGAUUUCCGUUCGAAACCAGCACCCACAAAAGUCACCAAGCUUUCCUCAGGAAAUGACGUCACAGAAAACUCCUCCAACAGGAAAGUACUUCCGCCAUGUCGCGUGUGUGGCAAUAUGGCGUCUGGUUUUCAUUAUGGCGUCAACACGUGUGAAGCGUGCAAGGGAUUUUUUCGCAGGUCUCUAAAGAAAGGAAUGGCAUUGCAGUGUAAAGGUGACAGCAACUGCUUCGUCAAGGGGGACAAGCGCAGUCAGUGUGCUUCCUGUCGCUUCCAGCGGUGCCUGACCCUGGGGAUGUCCAAGAUGGCGAUAAAGACUGGGCGAUACACACACGAGAAACGAACCAGGGACAUAUUGGAGGUGCGCGGGCUGUGGGGGCCUGACCGGCCGCCGAGUGGCGCCACAAGACAGGAAGUGGACGAGCUACUGAUGUCCAUCCUAGACUGCGGGUAUGCUUUGCACUACUCCACCUGCAAUCAUUCAGUGGACAGUUUGCUUCUGACCCAGACCAGUCUACAGAAAGAUUGGUCAUCACGUGGUUUUACACAAGAACUUUUCAACCUUUUUUUUCAGACACUGUAUCGCAUGCUCCUUACCGGACUGAGUAAGACAAACAAAUACAAGUGUGAUCCAGAAACGUCUCUAGCUAGCAGCUACAUCAACUUUGCCAACAGUUUGCCUUUAUUUUCUACUCUCAGUCACGAGGACCAGUUCUGGCUGCUCAAGUCGUCUUGGCUGGAAGUUUUGAUUUUUGGAGACAAGCUUUCUAUCGGCAGGAGUUCACAGGACCACAACUAUCAAGCUUCUAGUUUCCACAAACUCUCCAGGUUGCAGGUGAAGAGUUCGUGGAGGUUUUAUGUGAAGUUCUCCACACACUCAAACGAUUCAUCGUGACUCUCGAAGAAUUAAUCAUGGUUCGAGCUUUGGUUCUAGUUUUCAGCGACCGGUGUACCCUCCAGAAUCCGAGGCGAGUUGACGAAUGUCAGUGGCUGGUCGUUCGGUGUUUCUUGCAUCUUCUGCAGAAAAAUCACGGGCGACAUUUUGAACGCAAAUUUGCUGACGUCAUCAGACACGUGACCAACAUCCGCUCUAUCAGCGAAGAAGUUGAGAGGCUGGCGAGUGAAGGACAUCGUGCGAGUGUCAUCAAGUCCUGCAUCGACGUCCGGCAAGGGAGGCCAUCCCAAACACGACAACGACCAGUCCACAUGAUUGCCUCCCCACUGGGCAACUGAGGUCAAAAGGUAGCAGAAAACAAACACGGACUCCCCCCCUUCACCUACCCAUUACCUGCCGAUACUUCCGAGCAUGCAGAUGACGCACGUGCAGUUGUCGUCAUUCCACGUCACGUGAUAACUUCAUAUAACCUGUUGAGGUGAAGCGUAUGUGGAAAGUGGUGUGGACUGUUCUGUCAGUUAUAGUGUUUGUUAUUGACAAACUGUCGUGCACUACACUGUUGAUGAAAACUCAUGUUCUAACUUUUGUAAUAAAACUUGUAUAUUUA